AUGGAUAAUUUUAAAAUCAAUAAAGUUAAUAGAAAUAAGAUAGAUACAAAUCAAGAUUAUGAAAAUGAUACUAAAUUUAAUAUUGAAACGGAAAAUUUUUAUUUUUUGAAACCUAAAGAAUUUAUUAAAGAUAGAGAAAAAAUUUUAAAAGAAUUUAUAAAAAAAAAAAAUGACCACAUAAUAAAAAAGAAUAUUUUGAAAACUAAUAUUUCAAGCGUUUAUUUUCAGGCUACUCCAAAUAUAGUCAUCUUCACUUCUUAUGUUCCAUUUAAAAAAUACGAGAGUUUAGUGUAUUUAAAAAAUAUUGAUGUGAAUGCAAGAAACCUAAAGUUGGAAAUAGAAGAUAAUCAAAUCUUUAAAAUAAACUAUAUAUCUGAUAUAAAAAAAAAGGUAGCACCUGGAAUGCUAUUUAGUUUUAAAAUUGAAUUUUAUCCUCAAUCAUGUGUAAACUAUGAAUAUGAUCUUGAGAUUUAUUCAGAUAAUAAAUCUUUUACUUUACCAAUACGAUGUAUAAAUAAUGAAAUUGCAUUAGAUGUGCAAGAUGAAAUAUAUAUAGAUGAAACACCCAUAUAUAUGAAAAAUGAAAAAAGCAUAACAAUAAAAAAUAUAGGGAAAUAUGAAAGUAAAUUUCAAGUAACAUUAAAUCCUCCUUUUUAUAUUAAUUCUUCUAUUCAUACACUUGAGGCAGGGGAAAUAAUAGAAUUAAAGGUUAUGUUUCUACCAAUGGAGGAAAAAAUUUAUGAAGAUUAUAUGAUAAUAAAUUAUGAAAACGGAAUAAGCACUUACACAAAAAUAAAAAGUAAAGGAAUUGUAGCUAAUGUCUUUAUAAAAGAUAAAGAGAUUUUUGUUGAUGAUAUUUACAUAAAUAAAUCUAAAGAAAUAAGCAUUUUUAUAAAAAACUUAUCCUUUUUUUUAUUGACAUAUAAUAUAAUAAAAUAUGAAGUCUACGAAUAUAAAUAUGAUAAUUCCUCAAUAAGUAUAAGAAAUUCUAAAUUUAGAGAAGAAAAUAAAAUUAUUGAAGAAACCUUUAUUACUGAGAGUGAACUAUCAGAUAAAUAUAUAAUUGAAAACCAGAUAUAUAGAAAUGAAGAACAUUCUAAAUAUACUACUGAGGAUAAAAGUUACAGCGAAGAGAAUGAAGAUGAUGAAUUAACUGAUAAUGAAAUAAUCAAAAAUAAGCUGAUUGAAGAAUACAUAGAUAAAACGAGAGAAAAUAUAUAUGAAGAUAAUGAAAUAUAUAAUCUUAAAAAUUCUACCAUUAAUUACGAAUCUUCUAAUGAUUCAUUUAAUGAACAUUAUUAUAAAAAAAAAAGAAAAAAAUUAAUUAGUAUCUAUCCAAAAUUCAAGAAAUUAUACAACGAUAAUGACACAAUUAUAACGGUUAAAGUUAAUCCUUAUUUUGCAUCAUUUUUUAAAAUUGUAUUAUUUUUAUUUAUAAAAGGAUACAAAAAAAAAGAAGAAAUAGUCAUUUAUUUAAAAAGUAUAACACCUGAAAUUAUUAUUUCAAAUAAUAUACAAAAAAUUGAUAGUAUUCUUAUAAAUACAUACAAAAAAUUAUCUUUUGAACUUAUAAAUAAUAGCAAAAUUGAUACUUCCAUAAAAAUAAAAAAAAUCGAAGAUGAAAAUAAUGAAUUUAAAAUUGAACACAGUAAAAUUAUUUUACCCGGAAAAUCUCAGAAAAUAUUUGAAAUAAUGUAUAUCCCAAAAAUAAGUGGAAUUUUUGAAAAAACUUUUAUAAUUCAUCAAAAAUACACUAAUGUUAAAAAAGAAUUUAAAAUAAUAAGUAAUUGCAUACUUCCAGAAAUUUUAUUUAACAUAGAAAAUAUUAAUUUUAACAAAGUAUCACAUAGUUUUAAAUAUGAAAAAAUAUUUUAUAUUACUAAUAAUUCAGAUUUAACUUUAAAUUAUGCAUUCAAAGUUUGUAACGAAUUGAAAGAUGAAAUCAAAAUUUUGAAACAACGUGGUGAAUUAUGCAAAUAUGAAAAAGAAGAAAUUCAGUUAUUAUUUUUUCCUAAAAAAGUUAAAAAUUAUAUUUAUAACAUUGAAUUUUUAUUAGAUGAAAUUAAAACAUAUAAAAAGAUUCUACCUUUUCAUGCUAUUUGCGAGGUUCCAGAAGUUGAAUGCCAACCUAAUUUCCUAAAUUUAGAACAAAUAAUCAUAGAUAAAGAAUAUUGCGAAAAAAUUAAACUAAUUAAUAAAUCCGAAAAUACUGAUGCAAAAUAUGAAUUAAUUUUAGAUAAACAAAUAAAUGAUAUAUGUAAUUUAGAAGCUUCAGAAUACAAAGGAAUAAUAAAUAGAAAUGAUUUUAAAUAUAUAAACAUUAGUAUAAAAAGUAAAAUAAUAGGUUAUUUACUUAUAGUUAUUAAAAUUAAAAUAUCAGGUUAUGAAGAUCUUUUAUUUUUAAAUAUAAAAGCUUAUUCCUCAUGCCCUACUAUAAAAAUAAUUCCUAGUAUAAUUGAUUUUGAAAAAUGUAAUUGUUUAGAAGUAAAAGAAAAAACUAUUGAAAUAAAAAAUGAAAGCCCAAUUAGCACUUUUAUAAACUUGUCUAAUGAUUUAUCAAUCUUCAGCUAUUCAGGAAAUAAUUUUUAUAUUCCACCAAAUGAAUCUAUUUUAGUUAAUAUGUAUGCUAAUUGUUUAGAAACAAUAACAUAUAAUGACAUAUUAAGGGUAAAUGUUCACCGUAAAGAUGAUAUUACUAUACCAAUAAAAGCUCAAGGUAUAGGAUGCCCAAUAUUAAUUAAUGAAUGUUCUAUAGAUUUUGAAGUAAUUUACACAAAUAAAAAAUAUUUCCAUGAAUUAAUUAUAUUCAAUAAAGGGAUAAAUGAAAGAAAUAUACAUUUCCUUUUUGAAUCGGAAAAAAAAAGAAAAAAAAAAGAAGAUCACAUUGAAAUUUUUAAUGUUACACCUAAAUCUUUAUCUAUAAAGGGAGGAAGUGAAACGGUAUGUAUUUUAAGCGCAUUUAAUACAAAAGAAGAAAAGCGCGAAGAUGUUCUUUAUGUCUAUGAAGAUUUAAUAAAUACAAAAAAUUUAUCUAAAAAUUUUAAAAAAAUAAAAAUAUUAUCAACUUUUGUUUAUCCUGAAGUAGAAAUUUGUGAUAUUUCAAAAUUUGUGUAUAAUUUUUAUGAAAUAAAUAAGGAAAAAGAGAAAAAGGAAGAAAAAGAAGAAGUCGGAGAAGAAAGGGAAGAAAAAGAAACGGUAGAAAGGACUAAAUAUAUUAAAAAUUUAAGCAAAUUAAUGCAAGAGGUUGAAGUAAAAAAUUUAAAAAAUGCAAAUAUAAAAUUCACUUUAUCUACAAAAGGCCCCUUUUUUGUUGAACCACAGGUAAUAGAAUUAAAAAGCAAAGAAAGAAAGAAAAUUCCAUUAUUUUUUGAUAUAGAUUUUAUGAAUAAUAAAAUAAAUAAAAUUUAUCAAGAAAAUUUAUUAGUUAACUUUUUUGAAAACUCUAAAAGACAAAAGUACGAAUUAGUUGGAGAAACUAUUUAUCCUAAUAUUACUAUGAGUAAAAAUGUUAUAGAUUUUCAGUAUAUUUUAAAAAAUUUAUAUACACAAGAAACAUUAGAAAUAAAAAAUAUAUGUAAUUUUAAAGUAUAUUUUAAAUGGUAUUUUGAAGAGAAUUAUAUUAAUAAAAAUUUUAGUGAAGUUUUUAAUAUAACUCCCAAUAAGGGUUACUUACUACCCUUCGAAAAAAAAAUAAUUACUGUUACAUAUAAUAGUAUAAAUGAAAAUUAUUACUGUAUCAAUAGUUUAUGUGAAAUUAAAAAUGGUCCUGUUUAUCCCUUGAAAUUAAUAGCUGGAUAUUCUGAAAUUAAAUACAGUAUAAAUAAGAAGGAAUUAAAUUAUUGUGUUCAUUAUAAAUCAAUUGGUGAAGAUUUCUUAACUAUACAUAAUACAGGAAAAAUUAAAUUAUUUAUUGAAAUAAUAUAUACUAUUAAAUUCCCCUCUUUGCUAUAUACAAAUAUAAAUAACUUUUUUAUUGAUCCAUAUAAUAGUAAAGAUAUUAUUUUUUAUUUUAUACCAGGAUUUCCUUUAAAAAUGUCUGAGAAUAUUUUAAUAAAAAUUUGUAACUUUGAGGAAAUUAAAAUAAAACUUAAUUCAAAUAACUUUUGUAACAUAUUGCAUUUAAAUAUUGAUCGUGUUAACAAUAAUGAAAUUCAUGAUAAAAAUAAUUCCUCGCAAGAUGAAAUUCAUUCUGAAACAUCGUGUCAAUUUAUAGAGAAAGACGAAACUCAAAAUGAAGAUUUAAAAAAUUUAGAUAAUUUAAUUAAUAAUACUUUUCUAUUUACUGAUGAGAGUUCAAUUUAUGAAAAUCAAAAAAAAUUACUAAUAAAAAAACUAAAAAAAAUGUAUUUAAAUAUUUUUUUAUCAAUCAAAAAAAACAUUGAAGAAAUACUAUAUAUCUAUUAUUCAAAUGGAAAUAAUAAAAAAAAUUCCGAAAUAGAUGAACAUGUUAACAUAGAUACAGCAAUUGUAGAAAUAGAUGAAACAAAUACAUAUUUUAAUACAAGUAAUGGUGAAGUAAAUUCACAUAUAAACACAAAAUAUAAAUAUGAAAUUAUAAACAUUUUAAAAAAUUACUGUUCAAAAAAUAUAAAAUGUAUAUUUUUUGUUGAUUUAUUAAAAUCUUUAAUACUGAAUCAGAAAGAUGAUAAUUAUAUCUUACAUAUUUUUUCAAAGCUAAAUAAAUUAAUGAAUUUUGAAAAUAUAUCGUGCUAUAGUUAUAUAAAUAAUGAAUACAUUCUAAAAUUUUUGAAGAGAAUAGUUUUAGAAAGUAAUAUUGAAUUAAAGAUAGUUCAAUUAAAUAUAGGAAAUUUAAUUAUUAAUGAAAAAAAAGAAAGUAUAAUUAAUAUAAAAAAUGUAAGCAAUGACAAAAUUAUAUUAAAUUUCAAUAUGAAAGAAUCAGAAAAUAAAGAUAUAAUACUGAUGUAUGAUAAUAAUGAAAUAUGUAGAAAUGAUUCAAUUAAUUUAAAAAUUAUGAUUCAAAAAAAUUAUACAGAAGAAAAUAAAUUUUUAGAAAAAAUAUUUUUAUAUUUAAAUGAUAAUAAUUAUUAUACUAUUAAUGUAAAAUUUAAUUAUAUAAUACCUGACAUAAUGCUUUAUUAUAGACAAAUAAAUUUUGAAAGAGUAGAAAUAAAAAGAUGUCUAUGUAAAGUAAAUAGAUUAAUAAAUACAAAAAAUGUAGAUAUUAAGUUUAAAAUAAAAAACAUAAUAUUUUAUAAUAAAAAAUUAGAAUAUUAUCACUUAAAAAAAAAAACUCAAAUCUUUAUUGCACCUACUAAAGGGGUAAUUAAAAAUAAUUCUUAUUUAGAUAUCAAAAUAUUUUUUGAACCAUCAAAUAUAUAUAAAAAUGCAAAAAUAAGAAUUGAAAUUUUUGUUUACCAUUCUAAUUUUAUAAAGACCAUUGAUGUUUAUUUAAAUAGUACAAAAGAUAAUGUGUGUAUAGAUAAAUGUGAUAUAAUUAUAAAACCGUUAUUAUUUAACAGUGGAGAAAAAUAUGAGAUAAUAAAAAUAAAUAAUGUAAAUAAUUAUUCUAAAUAUUUGUAUAUAUAUAAAUCAGAUAAUUAUUAUAACUACUUUGAAAGUUUUAUAUACGAUCUUCUAAUUAUACAUAAACAUAUUUAUAUAGAAAAAAAUGAUGAAAAAGAUUUUUUUUAUGCAAAUUUGAUACCUUAUUUAAUUGAUAUAUAUAAAAAAAAAAUUGAAGAUAUAAAGAAUAAAGAUGAAAAAGGUAAAUAUUUGAAUGAUGACUAUAAAAAUCUUCAAAUAGAAAAUAAAGAAUAUCACAAAAGAGAGUUUCAAACUCAGAAUAAUGAGAAAAAUAUAGAAAAAUUUAUUAAGAUCAGUUAUGAUAAUGUUAAUGUGAUAGGAAAUGAAGAAAGAAAUAAUAAAAGUAAUAAAAUAUAUAAAGAAAAAGAAGAAAAAAUAGAAAGAACAAAAAAGGAUAUUAAUCCGUUAAGUGGUUUUAUACCUCUAGAGAAAUGUCAUUCCAAUGAAUUAAUUAAAGAUGUAGAAUACUCACAAAAAAAUAUAAAAAUUUUACAAAAUAAAAUUAAAAUUUUAGAGGAAUUAAAUAAGAAAAAUGAAUUUAAAUAUAAUUAUUUUGAGGAAUAUUUAAAAAUGUCAAAAGUAAAAAAAAAAAUAAAAGAAAAUUAUAUUAUAAUUUGCCCUAAAUACAUUGGCCAUAAAGAAAUUGGUAGCUAUUUAUUUAAAAACAAUAUUGUGAAUUUUUUAAAAAAGAAAAAAGAAAAGAAAGAUUAUAAAUACGAUAACUUUUUAACUGUAAAUAAAAUAAUUCAAUGGUGUAAUGAAUUAAAUGAUAAAGAUAACUAUCCCCAUAUCGCAAAAAAAAAUUUUAUUCAUUAUUUAAUUUAUGAAAAGAAUAUUUACAACAAGAACAAUUCUACUAAAAAAAUACUGAAGUUGAGAAGAAAUAUAAAUGAAAAUAUUAAAGGUGAAGAAAAAAUAAAAAAUUCUGAAUAUGAAGAAGAAAAUAGUUCAGAUUAUUACGUAAGCGAAUUUUUAAAUAUAAAUGGAAAAAAAAAAGAAAGCCUAUUACAUUCUUAUAAGGAUAAGGAUAAAAGUUAUAAAGAAAAAAAAAAAGAUAUACAUGAAAUUAAAAAAAUUGACAAUGUAGAUAAAGAUAUAACAAAUAAAAGUAAAGAUAAGAAUUUUACAAAGGAAAAAAUAGAAGAAAACGAAAAAAAUAAGAAAUUCAUAAAUAUAUAUAAAAAUAAAUUUAAAAAAAAAUUAAUUACAAGCCACAUAAAAUCUAAAAUAGACAAUAAGCAUAUAACGUAUAUCAAUAAAAGAAAAAAUAUCAACAUUAAUAACAAAAAUAGUGAAAUUAGUUGUGCAUAUGAUAAAAAAACAUUUUUUAAUAAAUACAAUAUGAAAUAUAAAUUUGAAUAUCUAAAUCACUUUUUUAAUUUCUCUCUUUUAAAUGAUGAAGUAUUUAUGAAUGAUAUAAGACUAUUUUUAAAAUUAACCGUGUCUGAAAAAAAAAAGAACAAAAGUGAAAAUUCUAUUAAAAAAAAAAAUUUUCUAAAUUUAUUCGAAAAUAUUCUAAAGAAAAUUUUAGUAUCUCCACUUUAUAUUAAUGGUGUUGUAUUUUUCUUUAAAAAGAAUAAUUAUAUAAAUCCAGAAAACUUUUUCAGUUCUUUCCUAAAAAUGCAUACUAAUGAAAAUAUUUUUAUAAUACAUUUAAAUCCAAUUGAAGAAUAUGAAAAAUUUUUUAAUAAAAAAAAUUAUAUAGAAGGAAAAAAAGAAAAUUUAAUUUUAAGAAGCAACACAGAAAAUAUUACAACAGACGAAAAAAGCGAUAAAAAAAGAAAAGAAGUAAAUGAUAAAAAGAAAAAUGAAAAAAAUGAUAAAAAGAAAAGUGAAACAAAUGAUAAAAAGCAAAAUGAAUUAUUUGAUGUGCAAAGAAUUAAAUAUUUUUAUGAAAACUUAUUAAAAACAUUUCACAGAAAAAUUGAAAAAAAAUUAAAUGAAAAAAAAAAAGUUGAAAAAAUAAUAGAAUUAUUAAAUAUAAAUUUAAAUAUAAACAGUGAUGAAAAUAAUCUUUACUCCAAUGAUAGAAAAAAAAAAAAAGAUAUCAAUAUAGAAAAUGAAAAGACAGUUUUAAAAAGACUAACUAAGGAAAUAGAAUAUAAAGAUGACAAAGAACAAAUAGAUAAAUCACGUAUUGAUCUAUCAGACAAAGAUGGAUUAGGAAACUAUUUAGAAAAAAAUGAAAAAUUAGAAGAUAUUAAAAAUGAUAUUAUUAUUCAUGAAAAAAAUGUGAGUACCAUAGAGUAUUUUGAAGAUAAUGAAGCUAAAAAAUCUAACCCUAUACAAAAUUUAUAUGAAAAAAUGAAAAACUUCAAAGAAAAAUAUAUUUUAAAUAAGCAAAUAAUCAAUGAAUUAAACAUGGAAUGUGCUAAAAGAAAGGAAAAUAUUGACUAUAAAAUUAUUAAAUACAAUAAAAAAGUAAAUAAAAUAAAUAAUUAUAUAAAAAAUUCCAAUUACGUAGAUUAUUUACCAUUUUAUAAGGAAUUAAAAGAGACAUUAAAAAAUAUUUUAGAAGGAUAUUUAAAAAAAAAUAUAAAUUAUUCUGAUCAAGUGAAUCAUAUUGAAUUAGAAAAUAUCGUAACUUUAAAAAGUGAUGAGGAAAUUGAAAAUAAAAAAUUAGAAAACGAAAAAAAAAUAAAUUUCAUAAAAAAAAUAAAUCUUGAACUUAGUGAUAAUUUUAUUGAGAAAAUAUAUGAAGAAAUAGAUGCAAGAACGUUAGAUGAAGAUGCUAAGAAUAAGAAAAACAAAAAAAAUAAUGAUACUAGUAAUUAUAAUGAAGAGGAAAGUAAUAUAAAAACAGAACUUGAUGAAAUAAACACUAUAAAUAACAUACAAGAAAUUAAAAACAAAGUAGAAAAAAUUACCAAUGAAAACAUAUUACAUGAUAAAGAUUAUUCAGCUAGAAAUUACAAUGCAAUUGAUAAUAUUACUGGUAUAAAUAUUAAUAAAAAAGACGAAAAUGUAAAAAGUAUUAUUGACAAAAAUGAAGAAUUACUAAAAUACUUGAAACAAACUUCUGUUCAAAUAACAUUUAUAUUUUUUUUUAUUAAUGAUGAAUUAUAUUUUAGAAAAAAAAAAAUUCUAAAUGAAAUUUCAAAAAAUAUAUAUCAAAAAUACUCUGACGUAAAAACAUCUGCUUAUUUUUUUGAUAUUCCCAAAUCAAAAAUUUAUGAUACUUUUAAUCUAAAAAAUUUAAUUCAAAGAAAAAAAAAUUUAGACAAAUAUGAAAACAAUAUUUAUAUUGAUAAUGAAAGAGGAACAAAAGAAGAAGAAGAAAAGAGAAAAGAGAAAGAAACGAAAACCAUAGAAGAUAAGGAGAAAGAAUUAUUUACAGUUUAUGAAAAAUUAAAAGAAAUAAAAAAAGAAGAAAAGAUAGAAACAGAAAACGAGGCAAUAAUAAUAAAAGGAAAAGAAAAAAAGGAAAAAGAAGAACAAAGAAAUAAAGAAAAGGGAAAUGAAAGAGAAAAUGAAAAGGAAAAAAAUAUGAAAAAAGAAAAAGGUGAAGAAAAAAAAAUAGAAAAUGGUAAAGAAGAAAAAAAGAAAAAAAAAAAGGAAAAGGAAAAGGAAAAAGAGAAAGAAAAAGAAAAAGAAAAGGAAAAAGAAAAGGAAAAGGAAAAGGAAAAGGAAAAGGAAAAGGAAAAGGAAAAGGAAAAGGAAAAGGAAAAGGAUAAAGAAAAGGAAAAGGAAAGGGAAAGAAAUAAAGAAAAAGAUGAAAAAGAGAUAGAAGGUAAAGAUAAAAAAAAAAAAAAUAAUGCAGAAAAUAAAAACGAAAAAGAAAAGGAAAAGGAAAAGGAAAAGGAAAAGGAAAAGGAAAAAGAAAAAGAAAAAGAAAAGAAUAAAAAGGAAAAGAAAAAAGAAAAGGAGAAUAGAAAGGAAAAGAAAAAAGAAAAGGAGAAUAGAAAGGAAAAGAAAAAAGAAAAGGAGAAUAGAAAGGAAAAAGAAAAAAAAAAGGAAAGCAAUAAAGAAAAAUCAAAAGAAAAAGACGAUGAAAAAGAAAAAAAAAGAAAAAAUAAUGAAGAAAAUAAAAACGAGAAGGAAAGGGACAGGGAAAAUGGAAAGGAAAAGGAAAAAGAAAAAUCUAUAUUAGAUGAAAUAAAAUACAGUGAAAAUAUCAGAAAUGAUGAUGCAUAUGUAAUAAAAGAAUAUAUAAAUAAGCACGCUAAAUAUGAAAAAGAGAAUACAAAAGAAGAAAUGAUACAAAGCAAUAAAAUGAAAAGAAAAAAGAGAAGUAUGAAUGAAAAGGAAAUCAAAGAUGCUUAUUAUGAAGAAUUAGAAAAAAGAAAAUAUGAAAUAAAAGAUGAAUAUGAUUAUAUGUUUUACAAAUGUUAUAAUUCAUAUAAUACAAAUAAAUUAAUUGGAAAUGUUAAUAUAGAAGAUGAUGAUCGAAAAUUAAUUGAAUUUUUACAAGUGGAUACAUAUGAUGAUAAAGGGGAUGUGAUAAAGUAUAAAAAUAUUACUCAUUUUAUGUUAGAAAAGAAUAACUAUACAGAAAUAUAUAUAAAAAUUAAUACUUGUAAAAUCAUAAAUAUAAAAAAAAAAAUAUGCUUAAUAGAUAUAUUAGGAAAUUAUAUUUUUUUAAAUAUUCAUAUUAUAAUUGAUAAACCCAAAAUAUACUCUAACCCUUACUUCAUAUUUAACAAUAAUGUUUCACUAUUUAAUAAAGGUAACAACUUCAUUUUAUCUAAAAAUUUAUAUAGCUUUGAUAAAGUUUUAAUAGGAAAGAGUUUGAGUAUCUUUAAGGAUAUAAUAAAUUCAGAAUUAAAAGAAGAAAGUGAAGAAUAUGUUUCCUAUUUUCUAAAAAAGUUUGAAGGUAUACAUUCACCUAAAUAUAAGACAAAAAUAUAUAAAAUAAAAAAUAUAAGUGCUUUAGAAAAUAGUAAAACAGAAAAAGGUAAAACAAAUAGUAUUGACGUGAUAAAAAAUAAAGAAAUUUUUAAACAUUUAUAUAAGCAUAUUCAAGUUUUAAAUUUAUUUAAUUCAUCUUAUUUUGAUUGUUUCGUUGAACUAUCUUUUGAUAAGUUACAAAACUAUGAUGAUGCUAAAUCUUCAGAAAUAAAAAGUGUUGAUAAUUUUCUAAUAUAUAAUGACUUUUAUGUAUAUCCUAAUAAAUUUGUUAUUUUAUCAAAAAAAUGUCAAAAAAUUAUUAUUCUAUUUUUACCUAAAAAUCCCUCUGUUUUUUUUGAAAAGCUAUUGCUAUUAAUAUAUUCCAUGAAAGAUAAAAUAAAUGAUAGAAACAGUAAAGAAGACAUAAUUAAAAAAAAAAAUGAAACAGAAACAAAUGAUGAGAUAUUCCAAAGAGAAAUUUUAUUUAAUAAUAAUAAUCUAGAGACAUCAAAUAAAGAAAUUGACAAUUAUAUAUAUGACAUUUUUACUUUGUCUUUAAGAGGAGAAGGAAUAAGGUGUUCUUUAAAAAUUGAUCAGAAUUGCUUAAAUUUUCAUAAAAUUCUUUUAAAUACUAUUCAGAAAAAAACAAUAGAAAUAAAAAAUGACAGUUAUUGUGAAAUUGUUUGGUAUAUUGAUGCUAAUGAUUUAAAAGAUAACUCUCUUAAAAUAAAUCCUGUAAAGGGAAAUUUACAAAUAAAUGAAAAGAAAAUAAUAACCAUUUGUAUUAAUACAAAUAAAGUUGAUGUAAUAAAAAAAAAAAUUAAAAUUAAUUAUGUAGAAAAAAGCAUAAUUAAAAAUGAUGAAGGAAAAAAUAAUACUUAUUUCACUUUUUUUGAUAUUGAAGCAGAAAUAUGUAAGUCUUUUGUUCAAAUAAAUUUCGAAAUCCUAGAUGAAAAUAAAAGUGAUAAAUAUGAUGAAUUAAUUAAAAAUUGUGUUGAUGAUACAAAAAAAAUAUUAAAAAAUACAACUUCGUUAGAUAUUUUAAAAAGUAGAACAAAAGAAAAAGAUACUCAAUCUAAUAACAUGUAUGAUGUGAUAGAAAAAGAAAUUAACUUCAUGUAUGUACAAGUAAAUGAAGUUAAAAUUUGUUUAUUUAAAAUUAGAAAUAUAGGAAAAAUUAAAAUUUCAUUUUAUUUAGAAUUAAAUGAUGAUUAUUUUUUAAAUUUUGUAACCAUUGAUAAAGUAAAUGAUUCUAUAAAUUCAAACGAAACAAAACUAAUAAAGUUAAAAUUAAAAUCAUAUAAAAAAAUUAAGUUUCAAAAUAUUCCUUUAUUUAUACAUAUUUAUGAUGUUGAUAAUAAUUACAUUCAAUCUUAUAAAUAUCUAUGUAGUGUAUUUUUUGAUUAUAAUUAUUUAAGAAUUAUACCUCCUAUACUUAAUUUUGAUUCCGUUGAAAUAAAAAAAGAAGAAACGAAAUUUUUUAAAAUAAUUAAUGAAGGGCAUUUUGAUUUUAAAUAUGAAAUCAAAUUAAUAAAAAAUAAAAUAAAAUAUGUGAAUAGUGAUAAAUUAUUAGAAGAUAAUAAAAGAGAAAAUUAUGAGGAUAAUAAAAUACUUGAAAUAAAUCCUUUUGUUAUUUUUCCUAGAAGCGGUUUAAUAAAAUCAAAAGAAGAACAAACAAUUAGUGUUCUUUUUAAUUCUUCAGAAGAAAAAUAUUACAAAUAUAUUUAUAUCGUUGAGGUAGAUAAUCUUAUGACAGAUACAAAUGUAGUUAAUAAAUGUAAAAAAUUAAUAGGAAAAAAAGAAAUAAGAAAACAUAAUGAAUUAAUUAAAAUAUUUGCAUCAUCAGUUACACCUCGAAUUUCUUGUGAUAUAAAAAAUAUAUUUGAAGAAGUUCUUGUAUUAAAAAAAAUGGACGAUUAUCGUGAUUUUUUAGACUACUUUUUAAGCAAAAACAGUUAUUAUAAUAUUGAUGACAAUACAUUGUAUUACAAAUAUUCUUAUGUUAAUAAAUAUAUUAAUGAACGAAUUAAAAUUACUAACACAUCCGACGUAAAUGUAAAUGUUAAAAUAGAAAUUAGAGAAAUAGAUUUUUUAAGUCAUAAACAUAAAAAAAAAAAAGGAAAAGAAAGCGAACAAGAAAUAACGAAGGAAAAGGAAAAAGAAAAAAGAAAAAUAGAAAGUUUAGUUCAACAAAAAUCGUCUAUUAAAUUUAAUAUGAAAAUCCAAAAUUAUAAUGAAGUAAAAAAAAUAAGGAAUUUUAGCGAAGAUGAUAAUGAUAAUAAUACUUUUAUUAUAACACGUUAUCAGCAUAAAUAUAUUGACAUAUGUUUUUAUUCUAGUCAAAUAGUAGCUAAAAAAUUUCUUGUAAACAUUUAUGUUGAAAGAUCUCAAAAUUUUUGUUUAUGUUUUUCUUUCUAUAUAAAUGUAGAAUUCUUUUUGCCUUCUAUUAAUUUUACCAUACCACCUAGUUUAUUAGAUCAAAAAUGUGAAAGUAAGGUUUUUGAUUUAGGUGAUAUUCAUGUAAAUAGCGUAAUUUCAUUUAAAAUAAAAUUAAAGAAUUUUUUCAAAUAUCCUGUCUUUAUUAAAGUAUUCUUUGAAAAAAUGUAUACUCUUUUUGAAAAUAUGCAUAAUAAUGAAGUAAAAAAACAAAUAAAUAAUAAGGAAAAAUUUGAAAACAAAUUAAAUAUUAAUGAAGAUAUAGAAAAACAUAUAAAAGAUAAUAGAGAAUUAAGUAUCCAAAUAAACGAAAACGAAAAACAUAAAACUCAGAAGAGUGAUAAUGAAAAAAAAAAAUAUAAUAAAUUAAAAAAUAGAAAAUUAACAAAUGGAAAUGUAAAAAGUAACACUAUUGUAGAUGAAAAAGAUACAGAAGAUACUUUAGAAAUGCAUCAUACAAUUAAUAAUAAUGAAAUGCUUACUAGUAAACCAUAUACUGAAGAAAAAAAAAGUCUUUUUAAUGUUUUAAAUAACAAUAAUUUUUUUAAUGAUAUUAGAGAUAAAAUACUAUUAAAAAAAAAAAAUAAUAUUAUGUAUUUUGACUAUAAAAAUAUAAAAGAUAUUAUAUAUAAAGAAAAAGUAAAAAAAAAAAAAUUUGAGUUCGGUUGUUUUCAGUAUAUCGGAAGUAACAGUUACAUUUUAAGAGAAAAUGAUGUAGUAUUCUUUAAGAUAAAAAUAAAUAAAAAAAAGGUAGAAGAUGAAAUAAAUAGAAGAAAUAUAAAUGAUCAAUUAAAUAAAAAAGACACUAGAGAUGAAAUAAAUAAAAAAAAUAUAGAAGAGGAUUCAAAUAAAAAAACAGAAGACUAUCUACAAAAUACUAAUGUUGAAGAAGAAAUAUAUAAAAAAAAUGAUAAAGAUGAAUUAAAUAAAACAAAUGUUGAAAGUGAGUUAGAUAAAACAAAAAAAAAAAAAAAAAACAAAUUAAAUAAAAAAAAAAAUGAUAAAACUGUCUACGAAAAUGUUGGGAAAAACGGGGGUACUGAACAUGUUCAAAUAAAAAAAGAAGUGCUAGGUAGCCUAAAUAUUGAAGUUUUAAAUAAUAAUUACGAGUUUUAUAAUUUGAAAUUUUUAGGAAAUAUAAAAGAAUGCAAAAACUACUGGAAUCUACAAAUUUUAAAAAAGCAAAUAAAAAAUGUAUAUAAAAAUAAUUUUUAUAUUUUUAAAAAUCACGUAAAUUUUGAUAUAUUACCCAUAAAUUAUAAUAAUUUAUUUAAAUUUUCCUAUAUAAAUGAGAACAGUUACGACUUAUAUUUUAGUAUAGAAUUGGAUAAAAAAAUAAAAAAUUUUAUUGAUAUUAAUCCUUUGAAUGGAUUUGUACCAUCUAAUAGUUCUUUUUUAUUUACUUUAAGAAUUGAAAUAAAGGAAUCUAUCAACUUAGUAAAGAAAAAAAUACCAUGUAGAUUUUCCAUGCACCCUAUUAAUAAAAAAAAUUUCAAAAUAAGUGAUUCUCUAAUACAUGAUGAUGACUUAUACAUAAGUUUAGAGUCAAGAGAAAUAAAAGUUUCUUAUAACAAAAAAAAAAUUAUUUUCAGAAAUAUUCCUUUUUUUAAUUAUUCAAAAAAUAAAUUUCUCUUAGAAAAUUUGUCAAAUGCCAAAUUAUAUGUUGAAUUAAACAUUAUACCUAAGAAUGAUUUCGAUGAUAUAACAUCUGUUUAUUCUUUUGAACCUUUUAAAGAAAAUAAUAUUAUUUCAAUAUUAAACGAGAAAAAAGGUGAGGCAAAAAAUUUUAAUUGCAUAUCUUUAGAUAGUAAAGAAAUAGAAAACAUAAAAAGUAGCACACAAAUAUGUAAUAAGAUAAGAAAAAAAAAUAAAAAUGAAAAUGAUGAUUUAAUAGAAAAUUCUAAUAGAGAAAAUGAAACGACAAAAGACAAUGAAAAUAAACUAAUUGAUGAAUUCUACUUAACUAAAUAUGAUUUAAAUUUGUCUGAUUUUGAUAAUAAUAAUAAUAAUAAUAAUAGUAAUAAUAAUAAUUUUGAAAUUAAUUUUAAUGAGACCAACAAAAACAUAGAUAAAAACAAAAUUAUUAAAAAAUAUUUUACUAUUAAUGGAGGAAGUAGUAAAUAUAUAAAUAUAUAUUGUUUUCAUCACUUAUAUAAGAAAAAAUUUCAAUCUAUGUUACUUAUCAAAAUAAAAUAUUAUGAUGAAAUAAAAAUACCCAUUGAAAUGGUUUUUGAAAAUUAUGAAAAAGAAGAUAUUUUUCUAUUAACAAAUUUUAAGCAUAAGGAAAUAGAUGAUAGCAAGGAAGCAAAAAAAACUGAAAAAAGGCAUCAAAUAUUGAUAAUUAGCAGAGGUAUUUUAAAUAAAAUAAAUUAUAAAAUAUAUUUGUUGAGCAUUUCAAAUAGGGACUUUGAAUAUUUUUUUGAAAAAUCUAAUGAAAUAUGUAAAACAGAAAGCACAUCUCUUCUAAAUGACUAUGGAAAAAAUAAUACUGGAAAUAGUAAUAACGCCAUUGAUUGUGUAAAUUAUAAGGGUUUUAUUAAGGAAAAUAAUUUUUCUAUUAUUAAAUUUCUUUUCAAUUCUUUUAAUUCUCUAACGUAUAUAGGCAAUUAUAAUUUUUACAUAAAUAAUAAAAAGAAAGAAAAUGUAGAAUUCCAAUUAAGAGUAAUUGAACCACUUAUAUUUUUUAAUACCUCUUUUAUACAUAUAAAUAAUUUAAUAUUAGGAAAAAGCUAUUGUUUUGUUUUUUAUCUAAUUAAUUUUGAUUUAAUGCAUAUAAAUUUUGAAUUUGAUAAAAAUUCUUAUAAUUCUUUUAAUAGUAAAAAGGAAGUAAUCAAAAUAGUCCCAUCUAAAGGAACUGUAAAAUCUUGUUAUAAAAAAAAUAGAUACAUUUAUAAGUAUAUAAAUAAAUCUAUACAUGAUGAAAAUUUAAGGAAAAAUAUUAGCAUGAAUAAAGUAGAUACAUUAGGAUACGCUUCUCCUUCUUCUCUAGCGGAAAAUUCCACAAAAUAUCAUUCUUGUGAAAGUAAAUUUAGCGAUAAUAUGUCAUAUGACAAUUUUCAGAACACUUUAAUACAAAAAAAAAAUAAUAAAAAAAACAAAAUUAACUCCUAUUAUUCAAAUGAUUUAAAUAAUAUAAUAAAUUCCUUGAGUGAUGGUUCUAUUUAUUCUUCACCAAAAACACCUUUGUCCUUAUCAUCAGGUUCUGAUUUUAGUUCUAAUAAAAAUAAUAUAGAAAAGAAAAAAAAUAAUAAUAUAAUAUACAAAGAUUACAAAGAAAAUACUGAUAGUAUUUCAGAGAAAUAUGUAGAUACUUCAUGUUCAUUUGAUAGUGAAUCAUCAACGAAUACAUUAAAAAAAAAUGAGAAAGUAAAUAAUAGAAAAAAUAAAAAAAAAUUUCUAAUAAAUUAUUAUUUAAAAAAUAUAUGGAAAAUAAAUAAGGAUAAGUUUAAAAGGGAAAUUAGACAUUUUAUUGGAAAAGGUAAAAGUCAAAAAAUAAAAUUAUACUUUAAACCAUAUCUUGAACAAUUUUAUAAUUUUAGCAUAUUAUGCAAAAUUAAUGGGAAAGAAGAACCAUUGAAAAUAAAUUUUAAAACGCAAGUUAGUAAAAUUAAUAUUAAUUGUUAUAUAGAAAAUUUUAAUAAGGAAAAAAUUAGAAUUAAUUUACAAAACUCUAUGUUAAAUAAAAAUAAAAACAAAAAUAAAAACGAUUUGAUAAAUAUUUAUGAAACAAUAGAUUUUAAAGAAACUUUAAUAGGAAAAAAGAAAGUUUCCAAAUUUAUAAUUGAAAAUUUAUGUUCUUUUGAUUUAUUUUAUAAAUAUUAUUUACAAACAAAUGAUGAUGAAAUUUCUAUACAAUGUAGCAGUAGUUAUAUAUUAAAAAAUUCUACAUUAACUAUUAAUGUUGAAUAUAAGCCUCUAAUUAAUCAAACAUACGAAAACCGUUUAAUUCUUAACAUAGCAGACUUUUACAUUAUAAAUGUAAAAAUUACAGCAGUUUCAACAAAUUUUUUAAUUAAUUUUUCUUUUUACAACUUUGACUUUGGUAAUAUUAUUUUAUUUCCAAUUUUAGAUAAAUAUAUUAAUACAAAAAGAAUGAAUAUAAAUCAAUACCAUGAAGAUAGUUUUUCUUCUACUAAUAGUUCCAUAUCAUCUCUUGUGUCUACUUAUAAAAUGAGAGAGAAAAAAAAAAAAAAAAAACAAUCUGAAGAAAAAGAAAAAAACGAUAGCAUUUUGCAAAAAGAUAAAAUACAAGAUGUAGAACACGGUGUGAUAAAAGAAAAGAAAAAACAACAAAAAAAGGAUAAGAAAAUAAAAGAAUAUAAAGAUGAAGAUAAAGUUUCCUAUAAAGAUAAAAAAGAAGAAAACACAAAACUGAAAAAAAGUGAAAAAAUAGAAAAUAUAAUGGAGGAAAAAAUAAAGGAAAAUAAAGAGGAAGUAUAUAAAAGCGAAACGAAAAAAAAUGGAGUAAAUAAGAAUGAAAAAAUUGUAAAUGAAAUAAAUUCAUUAGUUAUGAAUAGAAAUAACAAAGACAAAAAAGAAAAUAAUAAUACAGAAAUAUUAGUAGAAGAGGAAAAUAUUAAUACAGUAAGAACAAAACUUUUUAUUUAUAAUAAUAAUGAUGAAGACUGUUAUAUUGAAUAUGAAUUAAAUGAAUAUUGUUUAAAAAUAACAAAUGCAGAUAAAAAAAUAUAUUUAAAAAAAAAAAGUAGAAUUUGUCUUUUUAUUUUGUUUAAGCCAAAUGAAGAAAAAAAUUAUAGCUACAAGAUACCAUUUAUAAUAAAUAAUGAUUUAAAUAAAAUUAUUUAUAUCCAUUUUACAGGAUCAGCUAGCUAUUUUAAGUUACCUUUUAUAUGUAAUAAUUUAAAUGAAAUAAUUUUUAAGGAUAUUCAUGUGGAUAAAGAAUCAAUAAAUAGAUUUAUUCUGCAUAAUAAAAAUUCAGAGGAUAUAUCUUUUAAUAUAUUUAAUUAUAAGGAAUUAGGCAAAUAUUAUCUGUCUUUAGUGAAAUUUGAUAAUAGCAAUUUACAUAUUUUAAAAAAAAAGGAAAAAAAAACAUUUGAAAUAAAAUUUUUACCAGAAAAAUACAUAAAGUUGGAAAUACCUCUAUAUUUAAAUAUUAAUUAUAAAGACAAGUUCAUAGUUUUUUAUUUAACAAAUAUUAAAGUAAAUAGUAUAUGCUAUAAAGUUAUGUUAAAGGAGAAUAUACUAACGUUUAAUAAAAUAAAUACAAAAGAAGAUGAUAUAAGUAUAGAUCAAGAAAAUGUAAAUGAAAUUAAUGAAAUAAAAGAAAAAUUAUUCAAAGGUUCAAAUAAUAAGGAUUCUAUAAAAAGUAAAAAGAUUCAAUUGCAUAAUACAGGAGAUAUGAACGCUCAAUUUCAUAUAAUUUUUCCUCCAAAAUACGAAAAAUUUUUAUUUUUAUAUCCUAAAAAUGGAAUUAUUUUUUCUUUCAACAUAACAAACAUUUACAUAUUUAUAGAUACUGAUUCUAUAAGCAGAGAUUUAUAUAUUAACGACGUAAUUGUAGAAUUAUUUCCUAAAUUUAAUAAAAUUAAUAAUAAAAUUUUUUUUAAUAUAUUUAUUAAUUCAUCAAAUAAUAUGAUACAACAUAAAAGUACAUUUAAAAAUAAUUUAAAAACAAUUACAAGAGUAACAAAUGUAGAAGAACUAAAAGAGGAUUUAGAGGAUGAAAAGAGCAUGAAUAAAAAAAAUCAUAAUGUUGAUUGCAAAGAAGAAAAAAUUAGCAUAUUUCCCUUAAAAAAUGAAACUGUCAUUACAUUUUUAACAGAUAUUAGAAAAGAAAUAAGAAAAACAAUAGAGCUAUUCAAUAAUAGUCAAUCAAAUUUUAAAGUAAAACAUAAAUUUUUAUCUAAUGAACAAAAUUUUUUUUCUGUUAUAAAAAAUGAAGAUGUAAUAAAAGCGAAUGAUACUGGAUCUUUCCAGAUUGUGUAUAAUCCUCUAUUUGUUCUUAAAAAAAAAAACAAUAAUUAUCAUAAUAAUUUGUGUGAUAAAUAUCAGAAAUAUUCUUCAGAAAUACAUCAUAUAUCAAAAUUAGUUAUCUAUUAUCCUAAUGAUGUUGUAAAGAAUUACACUCUGUUAGGUUAUUCAGAUAACAGUUCCUAUGAAAAAAAAUUUUAUUAUAAUUUAAAUUCCAAAGCUUUAAACAAUGCUUCAGUAAGAAUAAAGAAUUGGAUAAAUGAAAAUCAAACAUUGAUGAUUUCUCAUUAUUGUUGUGAUAAAAAUUUGUGUGUUAUAAAUAAUAACCUUUUCUUUUUUUACAUACAAAAUAAAUUCGAUUUAACUAAUAGGGAAGAAAAAAAUUUAUCAUUUAAGGUUACUUCAUUAAAAGAGGGUAUGUUUUAUGUAAUGUUAAUUUUGUCAAACGAAAAAUAUGAAGAUAAAUAUAAAAUAUUACUCCAGUUUGAAAUGUCAAAAAGUGACUUUUUAUCUGUAAAAAAUAUUAAUGCAAAUAAAAAAGAAAUAUUAAAGGAAAAUGUUUUUAUUUAUAAUCCAUUAGAUGAAAAUAUACCAAUAGAAACAAUUUUUGAUUAUACAUACAUAUUUUUUGAUAGUCCUAUAAUUCUUGAGAAAAAAAAAAAUAACAAAAUAAGCAUAUACUUUUGUAUAGUAAAAAACGAAAUUAAUAAAAAUGUAAUAAUUUCCUUUUUUAAUAAAACAAUAGGAAAAUAUAAUUUCAAAUUUGUUCUUAAUAUAAACAUAAAUGAAUUUGAAGAAAAUUUUUAUUUCAAUACUGAUUUAGGUUCAGUUCAAAUUAACGAAAUUUCUUUUACAAAUAUAUGCAAUCAAAAAAUUAAUUACGAUGUAGUUAUAGAAGAUUUUGACGAAAAUAAUAAAAAUUCAAAACAUAUAUUCCAAUGUGUAGAUAAAAUAACUGUUAAACCUAUUGAUAUAAACUUUUUUUUAAAAAAUGAUACACUAAAUAAUUUGUCCGAUAAAAUAAGUUUAACUAUUAAGUAUAAUCCCCCUGAUAUUAAAAUUAAUAAAGCUAUUUUAAAGCUAGGUUUAAUAAUAGGAAAAAGUGUACCACCAAAACCUAGAGGACCAAUAUUUUGUUCAUCACAAAAAACAACUUUGAUUGAUUUUACAAAUCCAUUCUUUCAGCUAAAGCAAUUUUUUCUCAAAUCUGAUGAAAAUUUCAUUAUUCCCUUCGAAAAUACAAAAAUUGAAGCCAGACAAACAGUUCAAAUUCCAGUUAAAUGUAAAACAAAAAAUGCCACAUCUGGAAAACUUAUACUAAAAUCAGAAGAUGAUAUUAUAUGGACAUAUUAUUUAACAGGACAAUAA